GGACUGGGACCGUUCCCCGCAGACUCACUAUCAACCCUUGCCUCCUGCAGAACUACAAAGAGGACCAUGGGCAACUUCCAUCCAACCAUCCGCCACCAUCAUGAUUUUAAUGCAGAAGGAGAUGCCAAGAAGCUGCACAAAGCUUGUAAAGGGCUGGGAACCGAUGAAAAAGUAAUUAUUGACGUGCUGGCAAACAGAUCUUCUGAACAGCGACAGCAAAUAAAGCAAAAAUUCAAGACCAUGUAUGGCAAGGAGUUAGAAAAAGUAUUAAAAAGUGAUCUAAGUGGUGACUUUGAGAAAACCGUCUUGGCGUUGCUUGACCGCCCCUGUGAAUUUGAUGCAAGAGAACUCAGAAAAGCCUUGAAAGGAGCAGGAACCAAUGAAUCUCUGCUGGUCCAAAUCCUGUGUACAAGAGCCAACCAGCAAAUACGAAACAUAAAAGAGUCCUACAAGAGACUGUUUGACAGAGAUUUGGAGGAUGAUGUCAAGAGUGACACCAGCGGUUACUUCAAGAAGAUACUGAUCUCACUGCUGCAGGCAAACCGAGAUGAAGGUCUAGACAUUAAUAAGGACCAAGCUGGUGAGGAUGCCAAGAAACUAUAUGAAGCCGGUACAAAUCGAUGGGGCACAGAUGAGUCGGAGUUUAAUGUUAUCUUGGCAACGAGGAACUACAUGCAGCUACAGGCCACAUUUAAAGCAUAUGAAAUUCUACACGGGAAAAACAUUGAAGAUGCAAUUAAAAGUGAAACAUCCGGAAACCUGAAGAAAGCUUAUCUUACAAUUGUACAAUGCACAAAGGAUUGUCAAGGAUAUUUUGCCAAGAAACUUAACAAAGCCAUGAAGGGAGCUGGAACAGACGAAGACGCAUUAAUCCGAAUUCUUGUCACCAGGGCGGAGAUUGACCUUGAAACAAUCAAACAAAAAUACCAGGAGCUGUACAAGAAGAGUCUAGCGGAAGCCAUUAAGUCAGACACGUCGGGAGAUUUCGGCAGGCUUCUGGUUGCUCUUCUGCACUGAGUCACGUUGUCCGCCCGGCAGAGGACGAGGCGCUGAUCUCUUUCAAUCUCAAUGUUUUCUCCACAUGUCAUCUGCAAUGUUAACACAAACUGAAAUAAAUUCUACAUUCUGUCUUCA